AUGUGCUGGCUACAAUCGGACCACCACCAGUACUCCCAGUUCGUGGCUUUCCGCGUGGGUGAAAUAUUGGAAGAGACGGACGUUACGGAAUGCAGGUGGAUAGGUACUAAGGUGAACGUGGCAGACGACGGAACAAAGUGGAAGUACAAACCGGAUCUCAAGCCAGCAAGUCGUUGGUUCAAUGGGCCAUCGUUCCUGUGGAGACCCAAAAUAGAAUGGCCGGAGUCGUCACUAAACGGCCAGGAAACCGCCGAAGAAAUCCGUUCAAGCAAUGUCGGGUCGCUUACGCAGCAGGAGCUUCUCAAGGCGGAAGUGUUCGAAAUAAAACGAGCGCAGGAAGAGGUCUACGUAGACGAACUUGCCAUCCUUGCAGUGGGUGCUCGCCUACUCCAGAAGAAGAACAGCCUGUUCAAGGUCAGUCCGUUCUUGGACAAGCGAGGCGUGAUGCGCAUCCAUAGUCGGUUGGGCGAAUGCGUCUUCGUAGACGAGAGCAACAGGUACCCCAUCGUGCUCCCUCGAGAGCAUCCCGUUACAGUGCUUCUCAUACGCGACGUUCAUCUACGAUAUCAUCAUCAUCACGAAACCUGUGUGAACGAAGUGCGCAAAGGUUUCCACAUCCCACGAGUUCGCAGAGUCUACGACCGAGUGCGUCGAGAAUAUCAACUAUGCAAGGUAAUACGCAUUGCGCCAGCGCCACCGAUGAUGGCCCCGCUACCGAAGGCAAGGAUGGCAGCCUUCGUUCGCCCGUUCUCGUACGUCGGCGUGGACUUUUUCGGGCCGUUCUUCGUCGUUGUAGGGCGCCAUCACGAGAAGCGAUGGGGUGUCAUCAUAACAUGUCUUACGGUUCGAGCGAUACACCUCGAAUUGGCUGCCUCGUUAAACACCACGGAACUGUUUUGCUCGACGGGGAACUCCAGUAGAAAUCAGAAGCGAUCGUGA